AUGAGAAGCGCCAUGAGGCAAGAACUCAGCAAGAGAUGGGAAACGCUAAGCUUUCGAACCUUUACCACCAGAGCGGCUGACUACUACGAGAACGGCUCCUUCGGCUGUAAGAGGAUGAAUCUUCGGCAUUUGGCGGAGAGUGCGAAGUUCCAUGGCCGUUGGAGAUGGAACUCCAAGGAAGACCAUCCAAGUUGGGAGAAGGUGCUCAUCGCUGCCAUGGAACGUGUGCGGCAGCUGGAAGAGAGUCGUUUUGCUCCAGCUCAACCCUGGUUGGCGGACAUGGUGAUUCCAUUGUGUUCACCCAAAGAGAUCCACGCCGUGAACUCCGGCCUCGCAUUACUGGGCCGAUCCCUACCACCCCGGAUGGAUGAUGCAGAUGGUUGGCCUCCAGACAGCCAAAAAGCACACAGGGCGAAGGAGUACAACCGGCUGCGGGGUCACUGGAGACACGCCAAGUUUAGAGUGUUCAUUUACAUGGUUUGUGGCACCUUUGGCUUGUUGGGCAAACACAUCGAGCCGGACGCCUCCGUGCCCGAAGCGGACGUGGCCAGGCUGGCCAAGGGCAUUUUUGCAGAUCUGCCAGAGGAGUUGUUGAGACUCUUUACCGCAGGACGAAGUGUUCGAAGCGUGGCAGUUGACAUCCUGAAACCUCAACUUCAUCUGGCUGUGCUUGAAGAAGAGGUUCCCACUGGAGAUGCAGCUGUAUAUUUACAUCAUCUAGCACGGGCAUCGGCAGCCAAGAACUUGGGCAAUAUCACUCUCCUGUUGCAUCCAGAUUUUCUAGAACACAUUCGGUCAUGGAAAGUAUCCACACUCUUUCAGGCACUGGUGAGUGGUUCCUGGCCACAGCAUGUGGACUUUCUAUAUCUUGGCUGGAGACAUGAAGGGCCUGUCACUGCAGAGGGUCGAGUAGCAUCACAUUUGAGGUACCAUUGUGAUGUGGAGCCAUGGAAAGGUGGCAAGAUCGGCCCCUGCGACAGUGGCUACAAUCCGAUUUUGCUGCAAAAUUUGUGGCGCAUGGCGUUCGGCCGCAAGUUGGAUCCUGUUGGUGGAGAUGACUUGGGUGGCUACGAUUUCUCCCAACUUCUGGUGACGCGCCGCGCCAUCUCACGCCGCUCCCCGGCGUACUGGCGCUACUUGUCGCAGGUGAUUUCGGCUCGCGCCUCCUUCGAGCUUCUGCCGGGCACGAGGGGCUUUAUUUCGAGAAGGACCGACUUGUCUGUGAAUGAUCCCUUCAACAAGGGCGUUUGCGCCUGGUUCGAACACAUUUGGCACAUGCUCUUUGAUCCAAGCUUCUUCCCUGACGAUGCCGACAAGGAGACCUGCUGA